GUGAACAAUUCUGCAGAGGAGGAAAAAAAAAGCAGGACAAUGCGGUUUGGACGUUCCUGGUUGACAGCCUGCCCCUAAUAUGAUCAUGCACAUUCCACCGCAUUGCACAUAAAUCCACCUCUUUUCUUGCAGCCUUCUCCUUCCUUUCUUGGCCCCCCUCCCUCGCUCACACCGCCCACCUGGAUCGUGUCUGCAGUCGCGCAUUCAACCGGCUGAGUCGCGCUGCUGUCCAGAAGCUGGUCGAGCCGACCCGCCACCGGGGACAAGAAAAGCGACCGGGCUGCGCUGUUCUGUUUGGUGGUCCACACGAUGCGUCUGUUUCUGCUGGCGGUGCUCUUCUCGUGCUCCUGCGCGCGGGCCGGCUGCGAGCCGAAAAUCGUGAACAUCGGGGCCGUCCUGAGCCAGAAGAGGUACGAGCAGGUCUUCAAAGAUGCCGUGACCCAGGCCAACCAGGUCUACGGCAGGGACAAAUUCAAGCUGACCGCCAUCUCCGUAACGCACAAGCCCAACGCCAUCCAGAUGGCUCUCUCCGUCUGCGAGGACCUCAUCUCCAGUCAGGUCUAUGCUAUCCUGGUGAGUCACCCUCCCCAGUCCAAUGACCACCUCACUCCAACGCCUGUCUCCUACACCGCAGGCUUCUACCGUAUCCCCGUGGUGGGGCUCACCACCCGCAUGUCCAUCUACUCCGACAAGAGCAUCCACCUGUCCUUCCUGCGGACAGUCCCUCCCUACUCCCACCAGGCGCACGUGUGGUUCGACCUGAUGCGCGAGUUCAACUGGAACCACAUCAUCCUGAUUGUGAGCGACGACCACGAGGGGCGGGCUGCUCAAAAGAGGCUGGAGACCCUCCUGGAGGAGCGGGAAACAAAGAAUAAAAAAAGGAACUAUGAAAACCUCGACCAACUGUCCUAUGACAACAAGCGAGGACCUAAGGCAGAGAAAGUCCUCCAGUUCAGCCAGGAGACUAACUUAACUGCCCUGCUGCUGGAGGCGAAAGAGCUGGAGGCCCGAGUCAUCAUCCUGUCCGCCAGUGAGGAGGACGCUGCCGCGGUGUACAAGGCCGCCCGCUUCCUCAACAUGACGGGCUCGGGCUACGUGUGGCUGGUGGGCGAGCGGGAGAUGUCGGGUAAAGCCCUGAGCGAGGCGCCAGACGGUCUGAUCGGCCUCCAGCUCAUCAACGGGAAGAAUGAGUCAGCACAUAUCAAUGAUGCCGUGGCCGUGGUGGCUCAGUCCAUCCAGGAGCUCUUUGAGAAGGAGAAUAUCACAGAACCCCCGAGAGGAUGCGUGGGCAACACCAACAUCUGGAAAACAGGGCCACUCUUUAAACGGGUGCUGAUGUCAUCUAAAUACCCAGAGGGCCUCACGGGACGUGUGGAGUUCAAUGACGACGGAGACAGGAAGUAUGCCCACUACAGUAUACUCAACUACCAGAAGAGUCGACUCAUUCAAGUCGGCAUAUACAAUGGAACGCAGGUGGUGAUGAACAAUCAGCGGAAGAUCAUCUGGCCCGGAGGAGAGACCGAGAAACCACAGGGCUUCCAGAUGUCCACUCGAUUAAAGAUAGUGACGAUACACCAGGAGCCAUUUGUGUAUGUGAAACCCACUCAGCCGGAUGGAACAUGCAAGGAGGAAAUGACAUUAAAUGGAGUCUUAAUUAAAAAGGUUAUCUGCACUGGGCCCAAUGAGACCAUCCCAGGACGCCCAAUUGUACCCCAGUGUUGUUACGGCUUCUGUAUUGAUCUCCUGAUCAAGUUGGCUAUGACCAUGAACUUUACGUAUGAGGUGCACCUGGUGGCUGAUGGGAAAUUCGGAACUCAGGAGCGGGUAAACAACAGUAACAAGAAAGAGUGGAAUGGCAUGAUGGGAGAGCUCCUGGGGGGCCUGGCUGAUAUGAUUGUUGCCCCGCUGACUAUAAACAACGAACGAGCCCAGUACAUCGAGUUCUCCAAGCCCUUUAAAUAUCAAGGCCUCACCAUCCUUGUUAAAAAGGAAAUCCCUCGCAGUACACUGGACUCGUUCAUGCAGCCGUUCCAAAGCACGCUGUGGCUGCUGGUGGGUCUUUCGGUGCAUGUGGUGGCGGUGAUGCUUUACCUACUAGACCGGUUCAGCCCGUUUGGAAGAUUUAAAGUAAACAGUGAAGAAGAAGAAGAAGAUGCCCUCACCUUGUCAUCUGCUAUGUGGUUCUCCUGGGGAGUGUUGCUGAACUCUGGAAUAGGAGAAGGUGCGCCGCGCAGCUUCUCAGCGAGAAUUCUUGGUAUGGUGUGGGCCGGCUUUGCCAUGAUCAUUGUAGCUUCUUAUACUGCUAACCUGGCUGCCUUCCUGGUGUUGGACCGGCCUGAGGAGCGCAUCACCGGCAUCAAUGACCCAAGGCUGAGAAACCCAUCGGAUAAGUUCAUCUACGCCACGGUGAAGCAAAGCUCCGUGGACAUCUACUUCCGGCGGCAGGUGGAGCUUAGCACCAUGUACCGCCACAUGGAGAAGCACAACUAUGAGAGUGCCGCCGAGGCUAUCCAGGCCGUGCGUGACAACAAGCUGCAUGCUUUCAUCUGGGACUCUGCGGUGCUGGAGUUUGAAGCCUCGCAGAAGUGCGACCUGGUGACCACGGGAGAGCUGUUUUUCCGUUCGGGCUUUGGCAUAGGCAUGCGCAAGGACAGCCCCUGGAAACAGAAUGUGUCCCUGGCCAUUCUCAGUUCUCAUGAGAAUGGCUUCAUGGAAGACCUAGAUAAAACCUGGGUGAGAUACCAGGAGUGUGACUCAAGGAGCAAUGCCCCAGCCACACUCACCUUUGAAAACAUGGCAGGGGUCUUCAUGCUGGUGGCUGGAGGCAUAGCGGCAGGGAUCUUCCUCAUCUUCAUCGAAAUUGCCUAUAAGCGCCAUAAAGACGCCCGCAGGAAGCAGAUGCAGCUGGCCUUUGCGGCCGUCAAUGUCUGGAGGAAGAACCUGCAGGAUAGGAAAAGUGGUAGAGCAGAGCCCGACCCCAAAAAGAAAGCCUCUUUUAGGUCCAUCAGUACCACCCUGGCCUCCAGCAUCAAGAGACGUAGGUCCUCCAAAGACACGCAGUACCCACCCACUGACAUCACGGGCCAACUCAACUUGUCUGACCCGUCUGUCAGCACUGUGGUGUAAAGAGAGGGAGGCACUGACGCUCGCUCCCAGAGGAGAGAGGAAACGUGACGAAGGAGGGAGUGGAGGGGACAGGACGGGGGAGCCCAUCUCCUCGUUCCCUUCGCUGUCGAAGCCGAAGCUUUCAUUUCACCGCCUGCCAACGGAGCUUUCGAGGAAACUGCCUGCUGAAGAAGUGGCUGAAAAACACUGAACUUGCACCUUUUCUUAAAGCCGGGAUUACCUGGCGUUAGAUGUUUGUAGGGUCCCUGAGCAUGCACAGAAGAGCCCAUCUGACUCACAUAUACAAUCUUUUCCUUCUGUAUGCUAUUAGCUAACUUAUUUAACCUUGUUUUUGUCCUUUUCCUCACAGAAAUUUACUUAAUGUUUGAUGUUGACUACUUUCAAAAUUCCUGACCAGCUGUAUAACUUUGCAAGCCAGGUUUAGUUUGGUUAAGUAAGUGGAUAAACUAGUUUUGGUGCAAGUACUGUACACGACAUAUCACUUCCAAUUAGGGCUUAGAAACCAUAGUAAUAUUUAGUUUUUCUUAAUGACAUAUACUGCAAUACAAGAUGUACUGUAAGCUUCAAUGGAUAUCAAGUAUUUUUUAACAGGAACUACCUGUGUUUUUGGCUACACUUUAAAGGUUUUUAGAUGAUGUUUGUUUCAUUUAGAAGCACUAAUCAAGGCACUAAUGAUGAGCAUAGGACUAACCUUGUCUCUGUGAAGAUGAUGGAAGCAUGUGUGUGCUUGUAUAUGAAUAAGAGCUUUGCGUAUGUGAAUGAUGAAAUGGAUCACUGUUAUUUUGAAAGCUGUAUACCAGAUUCUGUAUUUUAUCUUUCUCCCCUCUAAUUUUGUACUAAUCUGCCAAAUGCAUGUUUUAUUUCUAGUAAGAACUCUAGCUUUGCUACUAUUUAUAGCCAGAGAUAAGCAGGUGAAUAUCAGAACACACAGAUUCAUUUGCAGUCUGAUGAAACCGUUCAGUAAGGCUGGUGUUUUUACACCCAAACAUGUUUGAGACACUCAGCCGUAAGCCAUGUUGCGCUUGGGGAUGCCCUCUCUCUCUUCCUCUCUCCUGCCACCGCAGUCUUUCUCAUUUCCAGUCUCCAAGGGGUUGCAUCAAAGGGCCAGGUUUUUCACCCAACCAACGCUCGGCGUUUCAUGCAAAACUUCCUCCCUGCGCAGCACCGGGGAACUUUUACAUGAAGGAACCUGAGUGAAUUGAAAGCGUGGCUCGGCUUGCGAGCUUGUGUGCAGGUCUUGGUUAGAUGCGAAAACAGGCCGUUUCCCAUUUUCUGGAGCUGAGAAACCACUGCUGUUUGUCGAAAAGACUUUCACACCCUCUCGGGUGUCUGGCACUGCAUAGCACUUUAUGCUGAGGGGUCUCCCAAACUGUCUAAUUUCAUCUCUAUGUCAUCUUACUUUAUUAGAAAAACAAUCGUAUCUGCAAAGUCUUUAUAAGAGAAAUAAUGACACUUUCAAAGAAAACUGCUAACAGAAUUUGGUUUCCAAACUUGAACCUGAAGAGUUUGUUUCUGAUCAUGUUCUCAUUCCGGCCUAUGCAUGCUUACGUGUUUCUAUCAGUGCUUUGUUUUUGGAUGCCUGUUGUUGCUGUGUACAGUCAGCUGAACUGUGUAGAGCACUUUUGUUGAAUGAACUGUAAAUAGAGUCUGGGUCAGUGUAGAUAGGGUCGAGGAGACUGCACUGCGCUUGUAUUACGACUGCGGCUGAGAAUGUUUUUAACUAUAGUUACACACACACACACACACACACACACACACACACACACUGUUGUUUUUCUUACCUUUUCCAGUAAAGAUCUUGCAUUGACUCAUCUUGUUUAU